AUGGAGAAUUCAUCAAGUGUGACAAUUCAUGGAAGAGAAUCCUCUCAGCAACAACCACAAUAUGACAGUAGUAUUAAUUCUACUAUAACUUGUAAUUCCGAUGAUCAAGAUGACACUACAAGAAGGAAUAGGAUUAUUAAUAUUAUUACCAAUAAUAAGUUGAAGAAAUUACAACAAUACAAAUGUGAUGAAUAUGAAAAAGGGAAAAUUCAAAAAACAAGAAGAAAUUAUAUGAAAUCACAAUUGUUGCAGAAAAAGUUUCAGUUAUUGAAAUGGAAACAAUAUUUAAUUCUCUCCUUUAUACUAUUCAUGCUCAUUCAUUCGUCAACUCAUUCGAUUCUAAUAGUUUCAGCUAACGAAAUUUCAACACAAUUUCUGAAUGUCCUAACUGAAACCAAUUCCAAUUCCACUCAAUCAACCACUGCAGUCAACCAAUGUGAUGUCAAUUGCAUUCUUCCAUUCAUUUUGGUCCCUGUUGGUCUCAUUUUAGUAUUUUGUGUCUUACCAAUUUGUGCAUUUGGAAUUCACAAGACAAUUUCAGAAGGAGAUUGGAGUUCUAAUUGUUGUUUUAAGGUUUUGGAUGUUUUGAAUGGAAAGAAUCCAUAUCGUUCAACAAGUAAUGCAAGUAGUGAUCAAUUGGAAAAUGAAAAUGCUGAUAAUGUGGGAGAUAGAGGUGAGAAUUCACGUAGAUAUACAGAAGCUUCAACAGUUGAGUAUUCUUCUACUGCAAUGGAGAAUUAUGAACAAGAUUCGGAUAGAAAUACUUCGAAUGCUGCGCAACAAACUGAAGCAGUGGUUUAUUACUAUUCAAGUGUUAAUCAUGUUUAA